AUGGGCAAUGCCCCCAGACUGGUCAUGGUGUUUGACCGCUCUAUGAAGACGCUCAUCGGCCAAGUGCUGCUCUGGGGCCAGGUGGAGCAUGGGGCAGAUGACUGGGAGCUGGCUUUCCAUCAACAUCUGGAGACGCACUACACCUUGUGUGAGCCGGUCUUGACCUUCUACCAGCAGAAUAACCUGCUCUGA